CCGUUUGUUGUCCAUAGAUCUCAAGAACCGGAAGUCUAUCUUGCUGGAUUUCAAGAGUCGGAAGUCUGGGCACAUCAUGAGAGGGUGGUGCCUGCUAGUGCUGGUCCUUAUCGCGUGCUGUGAUGGGAAACCGGCGGAACUGAAAGGAGAACCGUGCAGCCCAAACCUUGUUUUUCUGGAACUUUUUUCUAGGAAAACUGUCAUGCACCUGUGCGAGAAUGAGCACAAAACUUCAGCCUGCAAGCCAUUCGUCCAGAGCUUUGAAGAACGUGACGUGCCUCGAGGCAUCCCACGGACUCGCUAUCAGGUGGACAAGCCGUCCCACAUCGACAUCAACACCCAGUGGAACGAGAUGACCACCCACAAGGGCCUGAUGUACCCCGGGGCGGAGAUCAUCUGGCGAUCCCCGGUCACGAUGUACAGAUUAUACCCCGUGGUGGCUUACCUGGUUACGCUGGAGCUACAACGACAGGAUGGAUCAGCGCCUGGUAUCGUCUGCCGAGCUAUCAAACUGGACGAAGGGAAGCAACCGAUUCUGGACAAGCUCGAGUUCCAGUACCGGUUCCAGUACCUCCAGCCAGGCAACAUGUACCGCGUCACAGUCCACAGCCUGCCGCCAGCCAAGCCCGUAGACCGGAACAACUACCACAAGCUGGUAGCUAUGUACGUGAGGACUGGCUCGCAUUUCAACAUGUCAUCCACCCACUCGAUGGACUGGUCCCCCACCAUUGCAGUUGUAGACCACAGAAAUGGCACCAUCGCUGUCAAAUUCUCGCUCUCUCCUGUUAAGUUCGCCAUAACGCGCUUCAAAAUCUCAUUGUUUCGAAAGACCUGGGACUAUGGUCUGUCCGCACUAAAUGAAAUUGAAUACAAAGGCAAGGUCUGGAGUGAAACUGAACCGGAUGGAUUUGUGUUUUUUGACCAGUUGCAGUCGGACAAGUACAUGGUCAAGGUCCAGCCACUUGACCAGUUCCCAGAAGACAUGCAGAAGUGCCAGUGCUGGACAACUGACCUUGAGAAGUACUGCAGGAACACCUGCGUGCCAAGCGUCACGGAAUGGAUGGUCAUCAAAGCUACAAAAGAUAGCCGACCCGAUAAGCUGGACGGUCGCUGCAGUCUGCUCAAUGGGAAUGGAUUACCUCUCCUCGCUGUGGUCCUCCUGCACCUCAUCAAUCUGAUUGGUUAAUUAAAGAACGUGCUUUUUGGUAACAUCAUACAUACGUUAUCAGCCAAAUUAGUUAAAGUCUAAUUUGUUGAACAAAUUAAAAAAAAAUGGUGCCAUCAUACAUUCCUCAUUUGUCGUAUUAGUUAAACCAACUAAAAAAAAUGUGGUUCCAUCUAAUAUAUCUCAUUAAUCUAAUUGGUUAUAAGUCUAAUUAUUUUUAUUAUAAUUAUAAGUCUGAUUUGGGUAAAGCAAGUGAAGUUUUAUAAUAUCUAAUAUGUAUCACCAAUCUGAUUUGUGACAUCGAUUGAAUUUUUUAUUGGUGUCUGAUAUUGUCAUCGAUUGAAUUAUGUUAUCAUCGAAGAUGCGUCACCAAACUAAAUGAGGCGAAUACCUUUUAGUUGACCUAUUCCUAACAUCAAGCACCUUCGUCAUGUUUUUUUAAUGUUAAUUAAUUUUACUUUAACAU